ACAUGCUCGGUUAGCGUUACGUUGCCACAGAGAACGGUUUACGAGGAUGAACACGGACGUCAGUUGGUACGUCACAUCGGGCGAGAUGCGCGUGGUUGGCCGUCAUCGUGCAAAUAGGAUCAUUCUUCUUGCUUGCAGGUUCUUGACGUCUCUCGCCUAUAGUCUCAAACGAAAGGAAAAAGCAUUUGUCUCCGGAGAAUGCAUCUUUUUCUCUCAUCGUAGGAUCUAUGAGAAAUAUUAAUGAAUACGAUUCUACAACGGUAGGAUGAACCUAUUAGGAUCUUUCUCUUUUUAAAGUAUUAUGAAAAGCGCGGUGAUAAGAGCUCCCGAGGUCAUUCGCAUUCACGACCGUUCGUGGAAGAAGCGGAGCGCGAGGGAGACGCGUGUUACGAUCGGCGUCGGCGUCGGCGUCGGCGUCGGCGUCGGCGUCGUUGCCUUUCACCCGCGAGGGAGAGAGAGACGAAGCGCAGUGGUGGUCGUAGCGUCGCGUAAGCGCGUGACCGCCAUAUUGCCCGAACUCUCUCUCUCUCUCUUUUAGAUACGAAGAGAGCUCGACGUCGAGGAGGACGACGACGACGACGACGACGACGACGACGACGACGACGACGACGGCGACGACGACGGCGACGACGACGACGACGACGACAGGGACGAAGACCUGGACUUCUCGAGUCGAUGUAAUAUCCGAUCUAUCUCGAUGCCCUCGUCAAGAGUUUACCUAUGUGAACAGAGUGAAACGUGCUGGAAGAAAGAAGAAAAGCAGAAAAUAUCAAUAAAGAUGCUGCAAGAGAACAAGAUAUAAAGUAGAAAGGCCGAAUCAUUGUAUUUUUCGUGCCUUCUUCAUUCUUCAAAUUUACCAGCAUCGAUCAUUUGGAUUUUGACGAAAAAAUAAAAGAAAAGCGCAUAGGACCGGCUAAAGAUGAAUUCCUGGCGCGAGGAUGCGUAGCUGCGUGGAUUACUUAUUCGAUGAAAAAUAAGAAAAAGUAAUAGUCGAAUUUCGUGAAAAAAAAGUGGUGAAAAAUCAAGAAUUUUCGUUAUUCAGGAGAGAUAACUCCUGGAAUCCUCUUCCUUGCGUUCUACAGCGUGACAGUGCCGCGAGCUCCUCUCUCCCUCUGGUCUCGACCUCUGCCAAUCAAUAACCGACAGACCGACUUGCUCGACGUCGCUCUACUAUUCUCUUUCUCUCUCUUUCCUAUCUUUUACACGUACCUCUCUCUCUCUCCUCCCCCUCCCCCUUUCCACAAGCCACACGCAUGUUUUCCUUCGCUCCUUUAGGCAAACGAUACGCGUGGAAGUAAAGAAGACGGUGCCUGCAAAACAGUAAAACUAACUACAGUUUGCAGAAGAAAACACGGAACAGCGGAAGGAAGUAGCGACGACGAAGAGGAGAGAGAGAGAGAGAGAGAGAGAGAGAGAGAGAGAGAGAGAGAGAGAGUGUACGAGGGAGGAAGAUAGAAAGAGAAAAGUGGUGUCGCGAUAGGCCUAGCGCCUGGUCGUUCGCGCCAGCGCCCUGAGCGCCUCUUUCUACGACCACGGAAAACCUAUUUUUACUCUGUUAACGGAACGGAGAACUCGAGAAAGAGAGAGAAAGAAAGAAAGUGUGAGAAAGAGAGAGAGAGAGAAAGAGAGAGAGAGAGAGAGAGAGAGAGAGAGAGAAAACGAAGCACACGGUGUGCUUUGCCACCCACGCUCACCUACCACGAAAAGAAGAGACCACUAGGCAGCACGAUCCGUCGCUCUGACAGAGGCCGACGGCACCGCCAUCGGCGACUCCCUGAACGCCUGGCCGCGCCUAUCGGACACGUAAACGUGUCGCGCGAAAUCUCUCUUCCGGCUGCUGCAUCAACGUGAUAUCUUUUAAUCGGCACCCUUCUUCGUGUUCCAUUUUAGUGUCUUUGUGAUAUCACAUAUAUACUUUCUUUCGACUUGAGGUGAUAGAACGCUUUCUCUCUCUCUCUCCCUCCCUCUCUCUCUCUCUCUCUCUCUCUCUCUCUCCUUCUCUCUCUUUCUUCCUCUCUCUUUCUUCCUCUCUCAGUCUAUUUCACUAUACCUCUCUCUCUCCUUUUUCUCCUCAAAUAUCUAUCUCCGAAGAAGGGGAGUGGAGAGUAAAGAUUCAGGUCCACGAUGGAAGAUAACGAAGAGAUUCAAAAUCGCGACGAGUCCGUUCGCGAGGUAUACCAUUGAAGAAAGAAAUUUCUCUUUCUGAAGAGAAAAGAGAAGAGAAGAAGAGAAUAAGAAAGAAUCAUGAUCGGUGUAUGUGUCAAUUUGUUGUUGUUGUUGUUGUUGUUGUUUUCGAUGGUAGCAAUGGUGGACCUGUAUCGAGCCUGAACAAGACAACGGACGCGUGUUGCUCUUCCGGUAUCCGCGUGAGAAAGCUCAUCAACCCCUCUCUUCGUAUUGUACGAGAAAAGAAGAGCGAGCUGCCAUCGUCGUUGCCAUCGCCAAGAGCAUGCGGGCUUCGGGCGAGGCCCCACGACGAGCAGCCGGCCUGGCCGGUGGACCAGGAUAAGGGAUACUUUGACGGGACGUUACUCCGCUUAUCGCUACGGGAGUCAACCCACGAUCGCCUACGCUUUCUUUCUCUCUCUCUCUCUCUCUCUCUCUCUUUCUCUCUCUCUCUCCCUCUCUCCCUCUCUCUCUCUCUCUCUCUCUCUGCCCCUUAAAAGCACCUGCGCAUUCGUCGCCCUACAUCCUUUAGGAUCUUAAGGACGCGGGAAGCGAGCUGGUCUCGCUCUCGCUCGCAUGGAAAAUGAUAGAGAUGUCGAGUGCCGGCACAAUGGGAAUUGGCGUUAGCCAUGGAACAGCAGGAGGAAACGACGGUGUAACGAGCAGUUGUCGUCUUCGAGCUCAAAGUCAGAACCAGGCAUCGUCCUCGCAACACGGCAACCCACAGCAGUCGUCUCAGCAGUCGUCUCAACAGUCGUCUCAGCAAUCGUCUCAGCACCAUCACCACCAACAACAACAACAACAACCACCGUCGCAGCAAUCGCAACAGCAGCAGCAGCAGCAGCAGCAGCAACAACAACAACAACAACAACAACAGCAAACGCCGUCGUCGCAGCAGGCGCAACAACGUCAGGGAAAUAGGUUCAUAGGCCGCUCGAAAAAGGACAACUGUUGCCUCUGCUGGUGCUGUUGCUGUAGUUGCUCGUGGAACAAAUGUUUGGCGGCGGUCGGCGGAAAUACGGUUGGUGCUGGCGGAGGAACUGGCGAUCAGAGUAAGAAGAAGGGCAACGUUGGUAUCGGCGGUGAACACGUGGGUGGCCUCGGUGGUGAUCACGGUGGCUUUACCGCGGGCAACGGGCUGGACGGACUCGACGGUCUCGAUGGUCUCGACGCUUCUACGGAGUGCUGUAAUUUCGAGGAGGUCAGAUCUUGGGGCUCGUCUUUCGACAAGCUCAUGAGAAACGCGGCAGGUCGUAAGCUUUUUCGAGAAUUCCUUCGUAGCGAGUACAGCGAAGAGAACAUAGCAUUUUGGCUCGCUUGCGAGCAACUCAAACGCGAGAGCAAUCCGGAGAAGAUCGAGGAGAAGGCUCGAUUCAUUUACGAGGAUUACAUAUCCAUACUCUCGCCGAAAGAAGUGAGUCUGGACUCGCGAGUACGCGAGAUCGUUAAUCGCAACAUGGUGGAACCAACGCCGCAUACCUUCGACGAAGCCCAAUUGCAAAUCUACACGCUGAUGCACCGGGACUCGUAUCCCCGAUUCGUCAACAGCGAGAUUUAUCGACGAGUAGCGAAAUUGAACAGCGGGCCACCGAGUCCUACGAGUGGUUCCGAACAAGACCACGUCGGUGGAAAGUCGAAAGGCAAGAAAGGAACGACGUAAUCGCGAUCACGGCCGAUCAGCCGAUUGGACGUCGUACUCUUAUCCAAAAGCGGAGAUACCAGCGAGAUCGCAGUCUCCUCUUCCUUCGGCUUCUUCCAAAGAGCUAAACGAAGAUGAAAGCAAUUCGAUCGGAAAUAAAGAAGGAGGAAAGCGAGGGGAGGAGGAGAGGGAGUGAGAGAUAAAGAGAGGCCGUGUCGAAUCGUGUCUAAGAGAGCUUUUCGGAGCCAUCCUUCUUCGGUGGCCAUAUGUCAAAAAAGAAAAAAAAAAACAAAAGAGAACGCGAUGCGAAGGACAAUUGCGAAAACAUGAUCGCGAAUUAACGAACGAAGAGCCGUACGAUCUUUUUUUUUGCUCUUUCGCUCCUCGAGGAUACGCGAGAAUACGAAGAUUAGCUAUCUUUCUCUCUCUCUCUCUCUCUCUCUCUCUUUCUCUCUCUCUCUCUCUCACUCUCUCAUUCUCACUCUCUCAUUCUCUCUCUCUCUCUCUCUCUCUCUCUCUCUCUCUCUCUCUCUCUUUCUCUCUUUCUCUCCUUGCGUCUCCUCCUCUUUCGCGGACGAUGGGCGCACGUUGACACUGCCUUGGAAACAAUGCGCAAUUACGAUAUAUGUAUAGAUGGAUACAUGUGUCGUUGGUGCCAAAAGCGACCGAAAGAGUACCGCUCGUCGGGACGUGAUAACGCGAUUUUGGUAUUUACCAAGUUACGUCGAAGGAAAUGCUUGAAAUUCUCGAUUUGUUUGCGGGAAUGGCAUCGUCGAACGACGACGUCAUCCUUUCAAUAGCACUCUCCGAUUCAAUUACCAGUAGAGUACAGGAUGAAAUUGAUGGAAUCGAGGAUGGAAAAACUGGAAAAAGAUACGAGAAGAAGGAGAGGCAGAAAAGGAGAGGGAAAAGUAAAAAGCAGAAAAUAAUAAUGAGGUGAGGAUAUAGAAGAAAAAAUAAAUUCUUUUCGCGCUAUCGAUGCAAUUUCGACUUUAUUCUAGUCUACUUUGCGAGAAGAAGAAGGAUCCAUUUUCACGAUGGAUACCAGGCUAUUGCCCACGAGAUACCGAUCGAAGCGGAAACUUGUCAUCCAUUACCAAAAAAAAUUCUAAUCAUUUUCGUCUAAGAAUCGUCAUGCGCGUAGAGACACGAAAACGUACAAGAGUUCAUUCGAGAUCUUGGGAUUAAAAGAAGAAGGAAAAGAGGAAGAAGAAAGGCCUAAAACGGGACAAAAUUCUCUGGAUGUCCGCUGGAAUCGAUGCUUCAGACCCGAUCGAUCGGGAUGCGCGCUCUUGUUCGCGAUCCGACGAAAGGAACGAGGAUGCAAAGGGCCGAAUAAAAUUAUAUAAGAAUACGCACGAUUCAAUCAAGAUUUUAUGCGACUUUAUAUACCUAUAGUAUACAUAUAUGUGCGUGCGCGUUUAUACAUAUAUCUCUGCAGGGUGUCUCAUUUGAAUUUAUUCGUGCGAACAUCAUUGGAAUUAUUAUCAAGAGAUUUAAUAUACGCGACGGACGAAGUAAAAUGAGACAUUUUGUACAUGUAUAUAUAUCGUGAUUACGCGUGCAAUCAUGUUUCAUCGUUUGCAAAACAAUCCUUUUCUUAGAGACGAUUUCUUUAAAUCGGGCUGUUCACGAACCAGCGCACCAAUCGUAACUUUUUAAUUAGCUUCCUUUCGCGAAAAAAAACGUCCAUUUUCUAUGGAAAGGGAGUAAUCGGCGAGUCUACUCUUGCGUGCUUUUUCUAACGAUAAUUUUUCUAUCAAGCUUAUCGAGAGAAGCUCCGUUAUACGAUUCGUCUACGUUACGACGCUUCGUAUCAUUCCGUUUUUAUGACGAGAACAAAGUGAACGGCUAGAUUUAAUGGCAUCGUUUCUAAUGGAAAAAAAAAGACAGACGCUCUCUAGUCGUAACGUGCGCUUCCGCGCGCAUAGAUAUAUAGACGCAUACACACGUACCUACAUACUUCAUACCUACCCACUUAGUCCUACUUACGUAAAUGCGUAAAUCCAUAGAAAGGAAGGAAGGAAGAAAGGAAGGAAACGUCGUCUGUCGUACGAAAUCGAUGAGAAAUAAGAGAGAGAGAGAGAGAGAGAGAGAGAAUGAAGAAGGCGCGGAGCCAAGCACACGCGCGCCUCUCACAGUCAGUCACAGUGUUUGACUACUGCCCUGUAGAUAAUAUCGUAGAUAGGUACAAUGAUUAUACGAUAAACGAGAAGAAUGAAUUAUUAUAUAAACGUGUACGCACAAGUUCAAGGUACGCAGGGUGCGAAUCAGGGGACGCAUGCGAAAAAUCUUUGUAAUUAUCGAUAUACAAAGAUUUGUAUAUUCAUAAGUAUGUAUGUAUCUAUUCGAAACGAAAAAUAGUCCGAUACGAAUUUUCUCGUAAAAAAAAAGGGAAAGUAAGAGAAGGUGAGAAGGUUCAAAGAUAUCCAUCGUUUGUUCCCAUCUUCCUUUCCUUGGUGCUCUUCUAUGUGCUCCUCAAGGUGCUCCUCAAGGUGCUGCUCGUUAAAAAAGGAAAUUGAGAUACGCGAAGAUGCGCUUACGAGAAGAAGAAAUAGAUAUAUUUAUGCUUGGUCGAUAUCGAAAGGGAAAAGAUACGUAUUUACUUUUCGAAAAUCUUGCGUAAUUUUUUUUCUUUACGAUGUAUACCGUAGCAAACGAGUCUUUCCCGUUACAGGAUCAGUUCUCCUCAACGCAUGUUAGUUGGUCGAACGUAUCGCGAAAUGGACGAACGAACGAACGAACGAACGAACGAACGGACGAACGAACGGACGAACGAACGGACGAACGAACGAACGAACGAACGAGUGUUUCAAAGAGGGAAAGAGCGAAACAUUUUUACCCCACCUUCGUCUUCUCGCUAAUAAACGCACAAAUUUUCUCAAUCCUCGUUCCUUUGCUUCUUUUUUCUCCGCGCAGUCUUUUCGAGAGAUAGAGAGAGAAAGAGAGAGAGAGAGAGAGAGAGAGAGAGAGAGAGAGAGAGAGAGAGAGAAGAGCGUUUGCGAAUUGCUCUCGAUCGACUCCCUUCGAUCCUCAGGUCCGCGUUCGUUCUUAAUAAAUAUGCACGUCGUGGUGUAUCGAAAAAUAUCGCUAAUUACAUUUUCUACGAGAGGUAGCUGCAAAGAUCUGCGACGGUACCUAAUCUUCUUCUCCUUCUUCCGUAUAUACUCCAUUUCCUUAUUCCUCGAUGUAUAUUCCAACGUUUCGACGCAAACCACUUCUGGGACCAUUGUUCUACAUAAUACAUAGAAACAUACAAGGACGCGCGAUAUUAUCGGAAUUGAAAAAUAAAUCUAAGAUGACGAUGACGAAGAAAGUCGCGCGUUAAUGGGUCGUCGUUACGUUAAGCAGCAAUAACGUUCGCGAAGCAAAUCAAAAAGGUUUUGCAAGGCGAAAGGAUAUUUGAAAAUUCCCCAUUUCUUUUUUUUGUUCGUGCUAAUCUGUCACAUUGUCACAUUAUGUACGUUUGAAAUAAAACUUUUCGAAUAUCGUGUUUUCAAGUGGCCAGAUCUUACCAACUCAUUCGCCUCUUCUUGCUUUCUUUCUUUCCCUCUGUCGUUCGUUUGCUCGUCGAAUUUGCAGCUACCUGUCAUAAUUGUAUGUAUGUAGGUACAUACGUUCACCGUACUUAACACUUAAAUCGAAUGGUCGAAGAAAAGAAAAGUAGCUCCGAAAUCGCACGUCAACGUCCUUAGUCUCGUAAUUUCAUCGUAUCGUCUUAAGGACUCUGACUAUAAAUCCUUCAAAUUUACGCCUUUUCCACGAUUAUCGUAUAAUUAAGACUUUAUAUCGCACGAUCAUUAUUCAUCGUUCGAUUUCGGACAACGUGUCGCAAGCAGACGAGUUUGCAAGCAUCAAACUUUAUAUGCGUACCAAUUCGUCGAGACAUUAAAAAGACGUCCUUAAAACACGCGGUCACACAGAUGGUAAUCACACGCGCGCAUAACACAUACGCACAUAUGCGCGCGCGUUUCUGACUCGCGUAUCAUAAGGUUCAUCCGCACUUGUACAACAUAGUAUUCCUUGAUAUUGUAUAUACGCGUACACACACACACACACACACACACACACACACAGAGCGUUCGAUCGCGUCUAUUACAUCGAACACUCGGUAUAUCUCUUUAGUGUACAACUAACGUAACCCUGCGUCAUUGGUGUUGGCGGUAUACGGGUAUACGUGGGACCGUUUGAAAAAAAAACAAAAACAAAACAAAAAUUAAACGAAAGAAAGCGGCCACGCAAUUUUCAAAGUGAGAAUAGAAUAAAAAUAAAAGCCAAAGAAAAUAUGAAAUACUUAAAAGUGAAAAGAUGCAAAAAAUCGGCGUUGCUUUGCCGAUUAGACAUGUCGAGGGUUGGAUUUACGUAAUUGUUCCAAAUAAACUGACAAAGAGAGAGUAUUCAAUUAAAGAGAGAGAGAGAGGGGAGAGCGGAGAGGUGAGAAGGAAGGGGAAUAUUAUCGAUCGUGGAGCGAAACGCGCGAGAUGAUUCACAGUGCGAACGAGUCGGUCGUUCGAGAACACGUUGCCUCGUGGUAUUCCUUGUCGGGCAUCUUUUCGUUUUUUAUCCGUCUCGAACGUUCCACCGUCGAUUCUCAACCCUUCGCAGCUUGCCCUCUCUCUCUCUCUCUCUCUCUCUCUCUCUCUCUCUCUCUCUGUUUGAUCAUGAAAAAGCUAUCUGCUACUUAUAAAAUAAUAGCAUUUUUACAUCAGUACCUGGUAGAAACAUUGGGAUUCGAUGGAAUCUCGUGUCGAAGGUACGCAGCAACUUGAAAAUAAUAAAAAUCCAACAACUCGAUCGCGCAUACACCUAUGACAGUAUGAAAACGAACAACGCAUUUAUAUAUAAAACAUUGUAAAGGCACAAAAAUUUUAUCAUUAAAGGCGCUUCGACUCGA